AUGGCCCGACAUAAGUCGGGCCCCGCAUUCCAGAAGCCACUAAAACGAGGUCUAUCAGACACGGGUUAUGGGGAUGAUCAAGAUACGUCAAUAGGGAGUCAACCUAACUACGGGGCAUCUGGAAACUAUGCCUAUCUCCAAAUGCUGUCUGAACCGGACCCAUCAGAUAUCUGUUCUGCGAUCCUCUUCUUCAAACAACUCUCCACAAAUGGAACAGCAGUCCAGGACCGUCUCUUCGUGUACCCAGAGCAAUGGGACCGAAUGUCAGCUAAGAAACUGGGCCCUUCUGCCACUAAAGCGUUAUCAAUUUUACGCGCCGCCAGCGCCAAAUAUAAUAUCUGGCUCCUCCCAAUCGACAUGUCAGCCGCCACAGCUGCAGGCUACUCAACAACAAACAGCAAACUGCUCCACCUGGGCCAGAUCCAGUUCAUGCAGUAUGACAGUGUGCUAUAUGUUCAAACACCAGGUCUACUAUUAGACACAGGCAAGCUGGAUGAUAUGCUCUUGGCACGGCCCCUGCCCCUCCGCCACGACAAAAAUCGCCCAGAGUCCUAUAACAAUGAGGCGUGGAUCCCCAUGCCACUUCGUGCAAACCGUGAAGCGGAUCUUCCACCUGUCUAUUUAAUUACUGUCAAUAACAUCGAGAAUGGGAAUGUUGAGGCAAGGACCCAUAUUCCAAAUGUUGCAUUGCCUGGUUUCGGUGGUCUUGUGGUUGGGCCUCAGGGAGCUGCUAGAGCUGCAAAAUUGGCAGAUGCUGAUCAACCUGGCUAUGUCUAUUUCGACAACGAUCGUGAUGGACAUGUCAAAUGGGAUCACAAUCCUUACUUUGGAACUUGGCGAUCUCAACAAGCUGAAGUUUGUGAGGGGUUGGACUUUGACGAAAUCGUUCAUGAUGAGCAAUGA